AUGGCCCGGCGAGCAAAAGAACCGGAUCUUGCGGUUGACCAAAAAGAGUACCAGAUAACAGAAGCAUUGGAAAGGAAGAGGAGACAGCUAGAUCUGGAUAUUGCAGAAUUCAAGGCGGAGAAAGAGAAUGAGUACAGGCUUUUCGAGCGACGAUUGAGAGGCAAGACCAAGGAGAAUGGUGUGCAAGAUGCACCGCAAAUUCAACGCAAGCGCGGACGAUCUGAAUCAAAGAAUGCUGCUGCAGAAGCUGGUUCCAUGCAGAGAGAGGAGGCCAAUCAUGUGCAGAGAGAGUCGGGUGGUGAAAAAGCCAGUCGGAAGGGCUCAGACCCAGAAGCAGAAAAUCUGAUUGAUACAAUUCGAUCGAAGUCCAGUCCAGGAGGCUCUCCAGGUCGGCCAGACCGACCCACAGAAGUGUUGCAUGAGCGAGAAAAAGAGGUUCAAGGACUCUUCACGCCAAGCUAUCUUCCACUUGUGGACAACACACCUACUGAUGAGGGGAACAUAUCCAAGGAGAAACCGCAAUCUCUAUCUUUCAAUCCUGGAAACCUAUGUGCAGCAAGGCACAACAGUAGCGCAAUGCUCUCGUCGUCAGCGGAGACCGUUCCCCCGCCCAUGACUUCUCCUCCUCUUCUACCUGCUCGGCCGCUAUCAUCCAGCGUUCCACCAGCGAAGCCUUCGCACCAUCGGAGUGAUUCUUUUAGAUCGGACAAUUCCUUUGCAAGCCUGCGGAGUAGUCUUCGAGAUCCUAAACAGCCUCGAUCUCCGAAGCGAGUCUUGUUUUCUAUUGACGAUACUCUCGUAUCACCGAGUACUUCUCCAAUUGCCCGCCGCUCGAAGUCCGCGACGCCUAAGAAGCCGGCAGAUUCCGUUGACGCUGUUGGUGGCUUUGAGAAAUUCGAAGUCGUCAGGAACAAGAAUGGUUAUGGCCCUAUCGUCACUGGAUCCCAGAGCAAUGACGUCGAUUUCUCGUCAUCGAGCGCGCCAGCGAAGGGUUGGGCGGCUAGCCUUUCGGCGUUUGAUGGUGCGGCAGUAAUGAAUCCCUCGAAGCCUUCGCCUUCCGCUAGUGGAGCAGACGGCUUUGAGCAUCUAGAAAAUGACGACCUCUUUACCUUCGAUGAGGAUAUGGGAUUGGCGGGCAGGAACAGACCUCAAGCCAAAGAUCCCGACGACGAGUAUGAUGAAGAUGUGGAGGUGAAGAGCAAGGACCCACUCACAGCCAGCUCUCCACAUGCCGGAAAUCACACCAUCUACUUCGAGUUCUCGACAAAUCAAUUGAGUCGAUUGGGUGAGCAGGCCUACAGUUCGUCACAAUUCACCUCGAGCUUUCCCAUCAAGAAUGUUCCAUCACAAGUGGCCAAGGGGAACCGUCUUGCAAUCAUCCCUCGCCGAAUGGGUCCUUUAGAUUUAGAAAUGACGGCCAGACAGGAAAACACAAUAAACGCAUCUAACAGCUUGAAACCCAACGUCUCGGCUCUAGUUGAGCAUCGCCCCAGCUAUCAACCCAUGCAUCAUCAGAGGUCCGAACCGAAGGAAUACUCGGGCUCUAAAGCCUGUGAUCCCAUCACGGUUCUAGAUGAUGAUGAGCCAGAUGCUGCGGAAAUCGGUUACAUUGAUCUUGAAAAUGGCAGCGACAACAAAGCUGCUAUCAAGGGGAACUACGCCGAUACAACCCAACAAGCAGUGGCAGGAACUCAGGUCUUAGGCUUCCAGUCAGUGGCUAAGAGCCACAAUCCCGAGGACAAAACUCAGGGACCGUAUCCUGCGAGGUACACCGAAGGGGUCACGCACCCUUUAUUUCGUGCUCUUACUAAGGAUGAUUUCCUGGCGUCAAGUGUGCAACCAUUGCCAGAAAAUCGUGGCAUAGGCUUCAAGGCUUGGUACAGAGGCCAAGAUUCUUAUCGUACAGCCAACACUGCUCCCGUAAUGCAACAAAAAGCAGUCAGCAGAAAUCCUUCUAUUACACUAUUCAACGAGGAACGCACUCAAAACACGACGAAGAGGGAUCGCGAUGCGCCACAGUUUGACAUGAGUGUACUGAGCUCCAAGCGCAAGCGAACCAUCGGUGAAUUGGGUUACAAUGAGCUUAUCUCACCUACGCAGAUCGAGUCGCCCUUGGAAAAGCUAGCGCGUAUGGCCAAGAAGCGUCGACAAUGCCAGGAAAAGUGUGAUACGGAGGCUGGAAACGCGCAAACUGCAAUGGAUUUCCACCCCGCGUAUGGCCAUGAAAGUAACAAGAUUAUUGGAGAAAAUGUUGAGCUUGCCAGCCCUCCAUGCGUGCAUAAAUCACUUGAUGAGGAUGUCCUCACAGCGCAGCGUCAAGAGGAUCGAGGUGAUGGCUACAAGAACACUUCCGCAACGCGUACGAGACAGACUAUCACCCAGAAUAGCGACGCCCAUGAGUAUAGUGAAGGCAUCCGUGCCGCUGAUUCAAGAGACAACACCUUCGUACGCCAUAAGCUUAGACACAGUAAACCUCGGAUUGGUGGCCCGACAAACGUUUGCGGAAUCUUUUCGCCCGAGAAGAAACCUCCGGCCAAAAGAUCUAAUCGUGGCGCUUUCCAUUGCCCAAGGUGUGAUUCUCAGUUUACCACACCACAGGGAGUCAAUUAUCACUUUGAGAAAUGCAUUAACAAACAUGGUAACCCAAGGAGCUUGAAAUGGAACGAUCAUCCUAGUCUUGGAGCAGUGGGGAAGCUUAGUAUGAUCGUUCUAUCGCCAGCCUUAAAAAUCCAGACAUCUAGCCUUUCACGUUUGCCAGAGAAGCAAUCGAUAACGGAGGAACAAGCGUUAUCUUCCGCUAACGAAUCUAAGCUUGAUUGUCGAACGUCGCUUGUCGAGCAUCGUGAGACUGGCGGUAAAGGCCUGUCUGCAGAAACACUAAAGAGGUUUCGGGAGGCUGGGAACUGGGAUGUUGACAUGGUAGUGGAUCAGAGGGCAGACGAAGCUCAAGACGAAGAGACCGAAGUCCCUAACAUUGCUUACCAAUACUUCGUUCGGAAGCGCGAGUGGCUAGAGACCGAAGAGGACGCUGUUGAAUCGAGCAUGGGGCCUUAUUACACUUUGAACGAAGCCAACGCCAUCGCCAAAGCGGAAGUCCAAUCCCCGCAGAUUGAUGGAUUCGAGGGUGUUCAGUCCAAGGGAUGGUCAUAUUUCUACAAACAGGACGAGCAUGGUAUGCAGACGCACAUGGCUACAGUCCUAGAGGUUAACAUUGAGGUGGUUGUGCACCGCGAGCUUGCGCCGCCCAAUCAACAGGCUGCCAUUCCGAAAUCCGCCUUCAUCUUAGCUCCGCGAGUCUACAUUGUGCACGAGUUGCAAUGGCUACCUAACCCCCCUGAUAAGACAAAUACGGUUCCAAGCCACUGUCAAUCGCUUACACAUGGGGUAUUCACCCUCCUGAAUCAGGCAAAUCAACGGGCGUCAGCCGAGUAUCUGGAGACUCUGACAGGCAAUUGGGGUAAUAGCGAGUAUGAUUUACUGAAGAAGGCGGAGGCGAAGAGCGAUUUGGGCAAGAAAGUACGAGCCUUGAAUCGAGAAGAUGACUUGUUUCGUGAGGAGAUCACGCUGGGCAAUGAGGGUUUUGCCAAGGUCUGGGUGGAGCUGGUGGUUGUGGAGGGGCCGCGUAACUGA